AUGUCGCUCCUCUCUCUCCCCGCCGACUACGCCUACGUCGUCGCAGUCGGCACCGUCGGCGUCUACUCGGUCCUCCAGUACGCCACCAUCAAGGUCUCGGCUGCCCGCAAGGCCGCCGGUGUCAAGUACCCUGCGCCUUACGCCGAGAACGCUGUCGCCGAGCGCGACGUCAAGGCCAAGAUCUUCAACUGCGCCCAGCGUGCCCACAGCAACACGCUCGAGAAUCUCCCAGUUUUCUUGCUGUCGCUCUUCCACACCGGCCUCUACCACCCGCGCUACGCCGCUGUCGGCGGCGCAGUCUGGCUCGCCGGUCGCUUUGCCUACAUCGCCGGCUACUCGUCGGGCGACCCGGCCAAGCGCCAGCGCGGAGUGUUCCAGUACCUCGGCUUCCUGCCCAUGUUCCUCUUCUCGAGCUACAAGGCCAUCGCGUCGCUCCCCUUCCUCCAGUAG